AAACAACACAACACAUUACAGAAUCGGUUCGACACUGUUAUUCGCUCUCAUAACAAUACACAUCUGGGGCAUUUGUCGCUCAUAAGAACCGUCUGACCAGCGCAUCCACCAUGUCGCUGGCUCCGAGCGCACCUGCUCGCUCGUCACCUCGACGCAAGUCGAUGGGGUUGACAGAGAGAAAAUCUAACCUCGAUAUGGACAAUCUCACUCUUCCCGUGACGUUCAAGGAUAAAGCCAAGAAACGAGCAGCAUUCAGUAUGGGAGGAGAAGGAUUCAAGAUUGAUGGGAAGCCUCGAUUUGAGAUUGGCGUUGUGGGGGAGGAUGGCUUGACCCCGAAGAAACGAGCACGGAGGAGUUUGAAACCUCGAAAAUCGAUCUUGAAGGGCUUCAAUGUCAACAACGACACUUCUGAUGAUACUGUCGACUUUGGAACGCAGAACUAUGCGCAUACGAUUGCCUUCUCCACAUCUGCCGCAUCAAGACGAGUCAGCUUCGCACCUAGUGCUUCCGUUCGCAUGUUCGAAAAAGACAGAGAGAACAAGUCUUCCACGUCUGGUACCGAUCCAACUCAACCCUUCCCAUUGCCACCCAAAUCCGCGACCCCCCGAGUCUCCAUUACCGCUUACGGAGAAGCUACUGGUCCAGCUGGAUUCAGUGACCCUUCGUACAACCGAAGAGUCAGUGUCGCUCGUUUCGUCGAUGUAGGUGGAGAAGUAGACGAGAUCUCCAUGGACAUGGCGUCGGACGACGAAGGGGAAGAUGAUGAUGCUAGUGGCGUCCAGAUGGGACAUCCCCGAGCAUCCCUUGGAAGGGCUGCGAAUGCAGCCGUGCCGACCGUGACGGUCAGCCCUGAUUCUGGAGAAGAAGACGAAAUGGAUAUGGAGGAAACACAAGUCAUCUACGGUGGAAUAGUUCAGCGACAAUCGGCAUCGGAGCAAGAUGACAGCUUCGAUACGGAAGUGGAGAAGAGCAUCGAUGAAGAAAGGACAAUGGACUUCACGAUCGCCGUUGGAGGCAUGCUCCCAAAUUCCCCACCUAUACACGCAUCUCAAACUCGAGCGUCGAUGUCGAUUGGCUACAGUGUACCUAUGUCGCCUAGAUCAGCAGGUAACAGGAUUCAUCCUGGUGAUCCGAUGCCUGAGGAGGGGGACAUGUCGAUCGAGGAGACCGUGGUCAUUGGUGGAAUCAUCGGUGCGGAUGAGUCGAUUUCGACGGCGAGCGAGACAAGCCAGACUCAGCAAGAGCGUACUAUGACUUUUUCAUUCGGAAAUCUGAAUACCCGACCUCCUGCUUCUCCAGGAAUGGAGAUGACCACUGUGCUGGGAGGUAUAGUUGACCAGUCAUUCUCCGCCACUCAGCCUCGAAGAUCAGUCAGUGCUACUGAAGGACAGAAUCAAACUUCUGCCGGAGCAGCCAAGGCGCCUACACCAUCCUUCGCACGGGCCACCGUUUCCUCCGCGAAGAAAACAUCGCCGAUCAAGCGCAAUGUCUUUGCUCCUUCGCCCGGUCCAUACCCUUCUACGACCCCCCGUAAGGAUGGAAUGGCGACCGCAGCAGACGUCGCCAAGCGGCUCUCUUUCAGCUCCACCACCUCUAGCGCUGGGAAAAAACGAGUGCGGGAGGACGACGUGGACGUCCCAGGCAGCGCAAAGAAAUCUCGACCUACUCCUCCAACUACACCUGCCGAGGCGGUCUUCGGCAUGGGCUCCACUGGACCAUCCAGACUGUCCAUUGGAAAACCGUCCAAGUCGCUUUUACCGGCAUCCCCUGGUCCAAUGCCAGCUCCUCCUACACCCCAAUCGUACGGUCGACCCAGGAUGUCCAGGCAGUCCCUGGGCACGCCUUCACGCAUGGACCGAUCGGGCGCUGGAGUUACAUUGCAAGAGCCAUCGACCACUCCUUCCAAGCCUUAUAAGUCCCCUCGGACACUUCGUCAGCUCAGGAACGAGCCUGUUGAAGAUGAGGUAGAGGAUGAGCAGGUUGUGGAAGGCCAAGAGUGGGAUCAGCCUCCCGCCGUCUCACUCAGUGCUUUCUUGGAGAUGGCAGGUAUCCAGUUCAAUGACGAGCUGCCAGGAAUCGACAUGAGACGGAAUAGCAUGCGGAGGAGUUUGGCCGCGUCAUCGACACUCGAUCGGGACUACACUUUGAAUGAAUUCGCAGAAGCGAGGAUCCAUGAGGCGUUUUACAACGCGUAUAACUGGGCCUGCUCAAAACUGCGAACGGAUAUCUCUGCUCGUCAUGAGGAGCUUUUGGACCGAGAACGUGAAUGCGCUGAGGAUGCUCCGACGGUCAUCAAGGAGUACCUAGCUGCCUCCGAUGAGGACAAGGCAUUGUUCGAGUCGACCUUCAAAGACUUCAAGUUGAACACCCUGCUCAAAGCGCAACUGGCCUGGUAUGAGUGGAAGACGGGAUUGAUGACUGCUUUGAAGCCUCACAUGCAGGAGUACCUGGAUGGUCAGAAAGAGGAUCAAGGGCGACUGGUCGAGAUGGAGGAACAGGCAACUACGCUGUUGCCUCAGCUCCAGGACAGAGUCAAGGCGCUCGAAGCUGAAUUGGCAAGGGAAAAGACGACCAUUGCUGAGAUUGCCGAAUGCGACCCUGGAGAGUUGCAGGAUCUCCACAUGGCGAUGGAUGAGCAGGCCGAACAACUCAAAGACUUCCAAAAGGAAUACGAUGAUGCGAAAACAAAGCUCGAUGGACUCGCUACGAAACUGGGGGAACUCAACUCGAAGAAGAAAGACUGCGAGACCGCCAUCAGUAUCGCCGCGAGCAAGUGUGAUCAUUACACGAAGAGUGACGUUCUCCGUCUCAAAGACGAGUACGCCUCUCUGCAGCACUUGCACCUGUGGCAAGUCGAACUGGCAUCACCUACCUCAUUGGUCCUCGCCUUUGACGACGAGGUUCGGGUCGACCUGACUUGUACAGACUAUGUCCCUGACAUCGCCUCGGCCAAUGUGGACCUCCUUGACAAGCCGGGAAAGAGAGGAUCGAGAUAUUCGCAGGACUCGACCGAUGCUAUUUUUGCGCUGUUUGGCGAGGCAAUGCGCAUGUUGAUGGGCAUGGGUUAUACAUCUUUGUCACCGUUCAUCCAACGCAUUGGCCAGUUGUGGACCUCGUGUCAGCGCCUUCGAUCUGAACUUGGUCUUUUGGCGUUCCGGCAUCCCAUCACGUUCAGAGUCGGCGAGGGCAGCAUCAUUGUCAGCGCAAUGAUGAUGAUACCGUCUUUCAAAUCAAAAUCAUUGCUACAUUUCCAUCUCGAGCCUGACCUUUUGUACGACUGGCCGAUCGGAUUGGGCAAUGUGCAAGUGACUUCGAGUAUUGUUUAUGGAUCAGCCGACGGCGAGGUUCUGAGUCAAGCCGCCAGCAACUCCAUGCGAUCGGCGACAUCUUCAAUGUACAUUGGAAGUUUCUUGCAGGCUUGUGUGGAAGCGUCGGCUCAGGUGUAAGCGGGAUACGAAGGGUGUCAUUAGGUUGGGGGAAGUUGGAGGCAUCUUGCGUUU